CGCCCUCCCCGCUGUGUCCCCGCCCCUCCAGGGAGAGGGGCGGGGGGGAUCGGUGUCGUCUGCCGCCGCGGCCGCUGUCCGGUAGCUCGACCUGUCCGCUCGGCUCGGCUCGGCUCGGCUCGGCUCCCGCCGCCAUGUAUCUCUGCCGGGCCGCCUCGCAGGCGCUGGCCUCUCGCCUGAGCAGGGCUCCCUCCGCCGCGAGCCGCCUCAAGCAGCGCGCGCCUCUUCGCCAGAUGUCAUCUGGGAGUGUUCCUGGCUCUUCUGGAGAGAGCAUGAUUUACUAUCUCCUUGCCGGUGUUGCUGCUUUUGGUGGCUUAUUUUACGCCUACAGAAUAGUCGGUUCAUCCCGCAGCAACUAUAUUGAACAUAUAAAUAUUCUUCAUGAGAGAGCUGAGGCACGGAAAAACAAACCCUGGUCAAGCAAGGGUGAUGAAGAAGAGAUGGCUGCAGUCGCUGAAGCAGAGACAGCCGCGGAAGAGGCUGAUGCAGCAGCUGCUGCUGGACCUGCAGCACAGGAUGAGAGUGCUGGGGCAUCCCCAGAAACUGGAGGGGAAAAUGACUUACCAGCUCCAGAGGCAUCCCCUGCUGUGGAGGAAGCACAGCAGGAAGCUGCUGCUAACUCGGAAGAUGCUGCUAACUCGGAAGAUGCUGCUAACUCGGAAGAUGCUGCUAACUCGGAAGAUGCUGCUAACUCGGAAGAUGCUGCUAACUCAGAAGCUGCUGCAGUGCAAGGUUAACUUACGAACGCAGUUUUUGAGUGUGUGUGUGUGUUGUGGGUUCUAAAACUCUGCCUCUUACUACAGAACAUUAAGAACAAGCGUCAGUAUUUCUAAUGGAGUUUGUCCUGCAGGGAAACUAAUCCAGGUCUUAGCUUGAUAUAUCAUGAGCAUAAGAUAAUUAUGUUUAUUAAGUCAGGGUCUCUAAAAGCAUGCUGCCUGUGGCACCAGUUACUGUCUAGAACUAGUAGAAUGAAAAGUUUCUUUUACUGCCCCAUUCUGUUUCUCUUCUAUUAAGGUGAGCAUGUGAUGUGAUCGGUUAAACAGCUGUUUCAGUGACCUGGUUCUUAAGGCUUUGUUAAGGAAUCUAAACACUUUAUUUCACUGGCUGUUCCUAAGAUAUUCACACUAAAUAAUUACAGCUGUUCUGACCAAUCUAACUUCAAUAGAAUCACAGAAUCACAGGUUGGAAGGGACCUCAGGGAUCAUCUAGUCCAACCUUUCUAGGAAGAGCGCAGUCUAGACAAGAUGGCCCAGCACCCUGUCCAGACGACUCUUGAAGGUGUCCAACGUGGCCGAGUCAACCACUUCCCUGGGGAGAUUAUUCCAAUGGGUGACUGUCCUCACUGUGAAAAAUUUUCCUCUGGUGUCCAAUCGGAAUCUCCCCAAGAGCAAUUUGUGUCCAUUCCCCCUUGUCCUCUCCAUGUGACUCUGUGUAAAAAGGGAGUCUCCAUCUUCUUUGUAGCUACCCCUUAAGUACUGGUAGAUGGUGAUGAGAUCCCCUCUGAGCCUCCUUUUCUCAAGGCUGAACAAACCCAGUUCUCCCAGCCUAUCCUCAUAUGGCAGGCUUCCCAGUCCUUUGAUCAUCUUGGUGGCCCUUCUCUGGACCCCUUCCAGCCUGUCCACAUCCUUUUAGUAUAGCAGGGACCAGAACUGUACACAGUACUCCAGGUAUGGCCUGACAAGCGCUGAGUAGAGUGGGAUAAUGACUUCUUUAUUUCUGCUUGUGUUGCCCUUUUUGAUGCAACCCAGCAUCCUGUUGGCCUUCUUGGCCGCAGCAGCACACUGUUCCCUCAUGUUGAGCUUCCUGUCCACCAGGACCCCCAGGUCCCUUUCCACAGAGCUGCUCUCCAGCCAGGUGGAUCCCAGUCUGUGCUGCACUCUCAGAUUAUGUUUUCCCAGGUGCAUGACCUUACACUUCUCCUUGUUGAACUUCAUAAGGUUCUUGCUGGCCCACUCUUCCAGCCUAUCCAGAUCUCCCUGCAGAGCAGCUCUCCCUUCUGGAGUGUCUACUUCCCCACUCAACAUGGUGUCAUCCGCAAACUUCAUCAGACUACACUUGAUGCCGUUAUCCAGAUCACUUAUAAAGAUACUGAAUAACAUUGGGCCCAAUAUCGAUUCCUGGGGGACUCCACUUGUGACAGGUUGCCACUUGGAAAAGGAGCUAUUUACCACCCCCCUUUGGGUGCGGCCUGUCAGCCAGUUCCCCACCCACUGCACAGACCCCUUGUCUAGGCCAUAACACAAUAAUUUCUUCAGGAGGAGGCUGUGGGGGACCGUAUCAAAGGCCUUGGAGAAGUCCAGGUAGACAAUGUCCACUGCCCGCUCCAUGUCAACCAGGCAAGUCACUUUGUCAUAGAAGGCCACCAGGUUUGUCAAGCACGAUCUGCCUUUAGUGAAGCCAUGUUGGCUUUUCCCAAUCAUGUGCUUCAUUUGACUUGUGAUGGCCCCCAGGAGGAUUCGUUCCAUAACUUUCCCAGGGAUUGAAGUAAGGCUGAUGGGCCUAUAGUUACCCAGAUCCUCCCUUGAGCCUUUCUUGUAGAUAGGGGCAACAUUUGCCUUCCUCCAGUCCUCUGGGACAUCCCCCAUUCUCCAUGACUUUUCGAAGAUUAUGGAGAUUGGCCUUGCGAUGACGAACCUUUAUCACCACACUGCUUGGCCUGACUUACUCCCACGUUGGAUGUGCUGGUGCGAGUGUUUUCGCAGCGGAUCCCACUCCCCAAGUCCUUCAGUUUAAAGCCUGCCUCACCAAGUUAGCCAGCCUACUGCUGAAGAUUCCCUUACCCCUUUUAGUCAGAUGGAUUCCAUCCCUCCCUAGCAUGUUGUUGUCAUUGAAGAACACCCCAUUGUCAUAAAAGCCAAACCCCUCAUGGUAGCAUCAGCCACGUAGCCAGGAGUUGAUAUACAUUAUGCGCCUGUUUCUGGCUGCUCCCUUCCUCGAACUGGCAAAAUGGAAGAGAAGAUCACCUGGGCGCCAAUGUUUUUCACUUGCUCCCCCAGGGCUCGAAAGUCUUCCUUGAUUUUACCCAGGUUACGGCUCUCAGUGUCGUUCAUGCCUACAUGAAAUAGUAAUAGUGGAUGGCAGUCUGUUUUCCUGAUGAAUUGUGGCACUCUCUCAGCAAUGUCUCAGACUGUGGCUCCUGGAAGGCAGCAUACCUCUCGUGACUCCCUGUCAGGUUGGCAGAUGGGUACCUCAGUACCCUUCAAUCUUGCAUAGCAACUAAAAUGUUGUCAUGAUCUCAGUGUUAAGGAUAUACUAGCCUAAAAAUUUCAAAAUUCAGUGAAACAUCAAAUUGGUAUCAAACAAUUAGUGGCUACAUAGUCAGUAUUUUGAACUGUCAGGGUGUUUGAAAUAUUUUGGUUUACAGUACUUUUAAAAAAUCAUGAUAAUACAAAUGCAAACCUAUCCAUAAAUUGCACAAAAUACAGGAUUAUAAUUUAGCUUGAUUUUUUUAGCAAUUUUUUUUCCAUGCUAACCUGUAAGGACAGAGCAAUGGUUUAUCCUCAUACCCUUGAUUUGUUCAGCUGAAGUUGGAAGGGACACACAUAAAGCAAUUGCAAUUUCUUGAUUGAUAGGAAAGCAGUAAACAUUUGCAUCUGGUGUCUUCAGUUAACAAAAAACUUGCCAGCCUAUCAUGAAAGAGAAACUUCAGUCUAAUUCUUGCUUUGGAGGGGAAGACUUCAGUGCAGCAAGUAUGGAACCCACUGAAGCGGUUUUCAGCUUGAUGUAAACAUGGAGUCUUUACUGCACCCUACAUUUGACUGUGUUCGAGAAAACAAACAUCUACUUAAGAGGUUAUAUCUAAAACACAGGUCAAACUGAGAUUAAAAGUAUUUUGACUGCUAGUUCAUGGUAGGUUAUCACAGUACCUUGAAAAGUAUUAGCAGAUUCUGGAAUUGGUUUUACUUUUUUCCUUGGUGACUCCAGUGAGGAAUGGCUGCAUCUUAAUUGGCUUUUUAACAAAUGAACUUGAAAAAUGGUACAGCACUUCAAAUGGCUGACUUUUGUGAAGGGGCUAGGUAUGAAUGGGAUUUUAAUUAAUGUGUGAAUAGCUCCUGUGCUUGUCUGCAAAAUGAUCCAUUAUGAAUAACAUUUUAAAACAACACUUGGUCCAAUCUGCUAAAAGUAAUAUAGCUAAUAAAAAGUACAAGUAAGUAUAUUUGAAGUGACUAUGACUAUUUACAUAUAAAAAUUAAUUGUAUGGUAUUAGUUAAAAUACCUAGAGCCUUAAAAAUUUCCAUUUCUAUGGCAAAUUUGGUGGCCUUCUAUAACGGGGUUACAGUGUUGGUGGAUAAGGGAAGAGCAGCUAAUGUCAUCUACCUGGACUUGUGCAAAGCAUUUGACACUGUCCCGCACGACAUCCUUGUCUCUAAAUUGGAGAGAUACUGAUUUGACAGAUGGACCACUUGGUGGAUAAGGAUUUGGCUGGAUGGUCGCACUCGAGUUGCAGUCAACGGCUCGAUGUCAAAGUGGGGACCAGUGAUGAGUGGCGUUCCUUGGGGGUCAGUAUUGGGACCACCGCUGUUUAAUACCUUUGUCAGUGAUAUGGACAGUGGGAUUGAGUGCACCCUCAGCAAGUUUGCUGAUGACUCCGAGCUGUGUGGUGUGGUCAACAUGCUGGAGGGAAGGGAUGCCAUCCAGAGGGACCUUGGCAGGUUUGAGAGGUGGGCCUGUGGGAACCUCGUGAAGUUCAACAAGGCCAAGGUCCUGCACAUGGGCUGGGGCAAUCCCAAUCACAAAUACAGGCUGGGCCAAGAAUGGAUUGAGAGCAGCCCUGAGGAGAAGGACUUGGGGAUGCUGGUUGAUGAGAAGCUCAACAUGACCCAGCAAUAUGUGCUUGCAGCCCAGAAAGCCAACUGUAUCCUGGGCUGCAUCAAAAGAAGCGUGGCCAGCAGGUCAAGGGAGGUGAUUCUGCCCCUCUACUCUGCUCUGGUGAGACCCCACCUGGACCACUGUGUUCAGUGCUGGGGCUCCCAACAUAAGAAGGACAGGGACUCGUUGGAGCGAGUCUGGUGGAGGGCCACGAAGAUGAUCCAAAGGCUGGAGCACCUCUCCUACGAGGACAGGCUGAGAGAGUUGUUCAGCCUGGAGAAGGCUGUGGGGAGACCUUACAGCAGCCUUCUAGUACCUGAAGGGGACCUACAAGGAAGCUGGGUAGGGACUUUUUACAAGGGCCUGUAAUGACAGGGCAAGCAGUAAUGGCUUUAAACUGAAAGAGGUUAGAUUUAGGUUAGAUGUAAGGAAGAAAUUCUUCACUCUGAGGGUGGUGAGGCACUGGAACAGGUUGCCCAGAGAAGCUGUGGAUGCCUCACCCCUGGCAGUGUUUGAGGUUGGAUGGAGCUUUGAGCCACCUGGUCUGGUGGAAGGUGUUCCUUCCACCAAAAGGGAAGGUUGGACCUAGAUGAUCUUUAAGGUCCCUUCCAAGCCAAAUCAUUCUAUGAUUGAUUCUAUGAACAUUUAAACCAUUUCAUUUAGAAAGGAAGUAGUCUGGUAUAAGUUUAAGUUAGUGAAUUAAAGCUGUCAAGAGAUGCAAGAUAUUUUUAAAUGUCUUGCAUUGUUUACCUCUGCUCUACAAAGCAAUCACAAAAUUUCCCUUUAAGGAGUGGGCACUUGCUUGUAUCCAGAAGUGGUUGAAUAUUCUUUUCACAAUGCUUAUCUAAGAAUAUCUGUUAAUUGUUGGAUAGGGUAGGAUCUUCCAUAUAGUGAAUACCUGCUGCUCUGUUGAAGAGGAAACAGCUAGCAUCUUCCCUGAGAAAUGUGCAUAAGUGGAUCAAAUCUGAGCAUCUAGUUCUAGGCACAGUGAUUUCACUUAAUUAGUGGUCGCUAUUUUAUAAGAGGAAAUGUAACUGUUGACUGGAAGUGGGUGUGCUAUUUAGAAAUUAUUGAUUUCUUAGACCUACUUUCUCUGGCAACAUACUGAAGAAAACAGUACUAGAACAACACUUCUGUUACACUGAUAUUUGUAAGGGAUUCUGAGGGUCGUUUCAGGUGUCCUUUGUCAAAUCUCAUUGCAGUGGUUAUUCUUUGCCAUGUGGUGAAGCUGGCGGAAACAAACCUGUGGGAUAUAAAAUUGUUGAGAAACUUCUACAUGUUGUUUCAGCCAUCUUCCUUCCAACCUCUAAUCAGGAUAUCACGUGUUAGCUGAAGCAUUUCAUAUCAAGCAGCAGAAGCUGUACUUCCCCUCAGUAAUUACUAGUUUCUAAAGCAAGGGAGUGUUCUCCCCGGUUCAGCAUUCCCUGAUCUCCUUUGACAUUUCUGGGACGUUAAAACUUGCUUCUGAGAACAGUUCCCUCGUGCCACUGGUCACCAGAGAAGACUGUUGUAAACUGUUCGUAUCAAGUGUGCCUCAGUCCAGGGUGAACCCUAUGGAUCUCUCAAGCAGUUCAUGUGAGGUUCCCUGCCAGGGCCAAGUCCCGCUGGGACUGCUGUGUAACCCGAGUCCCGCCCUGGGAGGCGGCAGGGGAUCCUGCUGCCAGGUCACCUUAGCGUUCGGCUGCUUCUCUCAUCCAGGCCCCGUCUGGCGGACCUCUGUCUCUUGACCACGUGAAGGGUUUAACAAGUAGCGUGUGGUCUUACACACACAGGCUUAAACCAGUAUCCCUUUCCUUUAAGCUAUGUAAAAGCUGGUUUCCAUUGGCAUAAUACUUAAAUAUAAGAUGGUAUUUUGAUUCAAAAGUUCUCUGCUCUCCGUGUACCACUUUGUUCAGUGUUUACCUGCAGUCAACAGCUAUUUGUGUUUUUUUUUUAAAAAAUAAAUUAUAUGAGUAAAAUC